AUGGCUGACACCAGUCAAGCUGAGACAAACCCUCUUCUACGACGGCCGCUAUACAUCUACGACCUUCCCCCUGAGCUGUUGUUUACCCUAACAGUCGCCGGAAAGGAACACUCGCAGCCACCCGACCAUAUUCCCACAGAUGAGCCUACAGUGCGGCGCACCAACAACAUUGAAGACGGUGUUACAAACUCAACCUCCUGUUCGUUGUGCAAAGUCAUAUUCAACAGUGUCCAAGACCAACGAAACCACGUCAAGUCAGAUUUCCACCGAUACAAUCUCAAGCUGAGCAUAAAACAACAGCCUCCCGUCGACGAAGCAACCUUUGUGCGCCUAAUCGGUGACUUGGACGAGUCUCUGUCGGGCUCCGACUCAGAUGAUUCUGAAGACGAGAAUGACGACGGAUCAAAAGAUGGAGAUAGCACACUCACAGCUUUGCUGAGAAAGCAAGCCAAAAUAUCACACCAAGAAGCCAAUGGGGAGACUGAAGACUCUGGAAAGCGUGGAUAUGGAAAUGCGCCUCUGAUAUGGCUGUCAAGUCCCAAAUUAGGGGACGAUGUCCGCCUAGGUGUCUACAGGGCCAUCUUGUCGUCAGAGGAGCAAGAGCAAGCGCCCACGUCUCUGGUGGACAUUAUCCAGAAGAAACAACUGAAGCCAGUGCCCGCAAAAUCGAGCGGGCAAGCACAAAAGGAUGCAAUGCAAGCUGCCCAGAAGGAUCCCCACUUCUUCCUUUGUAUGAUAGGGGGUGGCCAUUUUGCAGCCAUGGUCGUUUCAUUGGUGCCAGAGCUACGAAAGGGGCCCGGCGGCGUUGAAGAACGCCAUGCGGUCGUCAAAGCUCACAAAACGUUUCACCGAUAUACCACGAGGAGGAAGCAGGGCGGCUCUCAGUCUGCAAACGACAAUGCCAAAGGCAACGCACAUUCCGCAGGGUCAUCGAUCCGAAGGUACAAUGAGAUGGCGCUAGAAGCCGAUGUCAGAACUGUGCUGCACGAUUGGAGAGGAAUGAUCGACACCGCCGAAUCGCUUUUCAUACGUGCAACAGGAACUACUAAUAGAAGGACGUUAUUUGGACCCUACGACGGCCAAGUCUUGAGAAGUACAGACAAGCGGAUACGUGGCUUCCCAUUCAGCACACGUCGAGCAACUCAAGCCGAACUUCUUCGUUCCUUCCAAGAACUAACCAGACUAAAGGUCAGUAAGUUGGUCGAGCCUGCGCCAGAGAAAAUGGCCCCUGAGAAGGCCCCCAAGGAACGGAAAGCGAAACCUCAAGCCCCUAAGCUGAGCAAAGAAGAAGAGGCCCUACAGUUUCACACCUCGCAACUGCAAGCCCUCAUCCGGCGGUCGAAGGCACCCGGAGUCCUCCUCUACCUAACCAAGAACGAACUCUCACCAGACUUUACCUUCUUCCCCACGGCAGACCAUCGCCACGCCCCGACACCACUUCACCUCUCCGCCUCCACAAAUUCUCCUGCGCUGAUCCUGGCGCUCCUCACCAAAGCCAGAGCCAACCCGACCAUCAGGAACGACGACGGCAAGACGGCGUACGACAUCGCAGGGGAUGCCAAGACACGGGAUGCCUUCCGCAUCGCUCGCCACCAGCUAGGCGAAACCGCCUUCGACUGGGCCGCCGCCCACAUCCCCUCGGCGCUUUCCCAAGAAGAAGUAGAUACCAAAGCGGCACAAGAAAAAUCGAUCUCAGACGCUGCGGAAGCUCAGCGCAGGCAAGCUGACCUAGAGAGGUUGAGACAGGAAGAAGAGAAGCGCAGCGUGACCAGGAUCGAGCGGAAGGCCGGCGCCGGCAAGACGCUCGCAGCAGCAGUGGAGAAAACGGGCGCUGAAAAGAGAGAAGAGGAGGCGAGAGGCCUGACGCCCGAAAUGAGGAUGAAGUUGGAGCGGGAAAGGAGAGCAAGAGCCGCGGAAGAGAGGUUGAAGCGUAUGCAAGGUGGACGAUGA